AUGGCGAGGGGAGCAGGGCUCCAGCGCGAGGUGGAGUGGGUCCAGAGACACCUAGGGUUUCACACGGGUCUGCCGCCGGAACUCAUCUCCUGCAUCCUCCACAGGCUCGACCCCAUCCAGAUCAUGCUGGGCGCGGACAAGGUGUGCCGCCCCUGGCGCUGCGCUGCGCGGGACGAGCCCGAGCUCUGGCGCCGCAUCGACAUGCGAGGCCACGAGGCGCUCUCGGACCGAAGCCUUGUCGACCUCAACCAGAUGGCGACGGACGCCAUGCGGCACGGCCGGGAGCAGUGCCAGGCCGCGCCAUCUCUCAAGAUUCUUGUCCUCGACUCGUGCCGCGAAGUCUCGGGUCCAGCAUUCACGCAGGCAAUAAGGGGGUUCCCUCUGCUGGAGGAGCUCGAGCUCUCGAACUAUCGGCAGGCGCAGCACGAGGGAGUGUUCCAGGCCGUCGCCAAGGAGUGCCCGCGGCUGAGGUGCUUGAGAAAUCACCGGGUAAAAUCCUUGUAUUACUAUGGAUGGGACCAUGCUGACGAUGGGGAAGCCAUGGCGAUUGCCGAGAUGCACGAGCUGCGUUCCCUGCAACUCCUCAACAAUGACCUCAGCAAUCAGGGGUUGGCGGCCAUCCUCGACAAAUGCCUCCACCUAGAGUGGCUCGAUGUCCGCGAGUGCCGCCAUCUCCGCAUGGAUCCCCAAUUGCAAGCAAGGAUCGGCGCAAAGAAGCUGGUCACCAAGUAUAUGGAUGAAGAGAGGGAGAACAUGGAACCCGGCAGCCCUAAUACUGAAUGUUCAACUUGCCUCAAUUACCUCGAACCUGAUAAAGAAAGGUACCGGCGGAAGCGUUGUGUCGACGACAUGGAAGCCAAGGUCAUCUCCACUGUUUAUGAGCUGCGCUCACUUGAGCUCCACUGCAAUGAUCUCACCAGUGAAGGAUUGGCAGCCAUCCUUGACAAUUGCCCUCAGCUAGAGUCCCUCGACGUAUGGAACUGCCUCAAUAUUGUCAUGAACAAUAAUGCCCUACAUGCUGAUAAGCGUGGCUGGGUUAAGACCAAGAAGCUGACCACCAAACUACUUACGGACUACUCCAACUACAAAUUCUUUAACCCCGAGGGCCUCAAUAGACACAACUGCCGCAACAUCAUCUUGAAAAACUUCCGCAAUGUCUUUCUAGAUCACACCCAGGAAGGUAAGUAA